ACUUAAUUUUUAUUUACUAUUUACUUCGGUUGUGUUCCGAACCGCUGCAAGCAAUGCGUCUCGUCAUAAAUCGACCAGAACACAGGCAGACAGAAGACAGCGACUCUAAUGCUGUUGGGAUCAAUCAACAGGCAGUACACCUGUUGCCAUGCAAGAUCCACACACGCAAACCAGGUGGCGACUGCCAGACGUCAACGGCUCCAGUCGACCGAUACUUUUGUCCAUACACUAAAGCAGCAACAGAUGAUGGAGCCGCGUUGUGGCACUCGUCGUUGCGUGGCAAGCCGUUGACGGGUGUCAAGCUCAGCAUGCCCGAUGGCUACGUUGGUGUACUGUGCGUUGGCAAGGAUGACGACGGCAGUAGUAAUGAGAUCGAUGAUUCUACAGCGGCAGUGGAAUCGAUUACUGGUGAAGUAACUCAACAGCUGAUGUACUGGAAUUGGGACCGCAUUCCAACACGUGAAGACCCGCUGCUAUCAGCACUUGACUGGAUGCAGGUGUCUGAAGCCAUCAUGACCAACAACGACUGACACUACUAUUAUGUACGUUUCUGUAAUAAUGAUUGUGUUUCUUUAUUCAAUUUAUUUUUUAUUAUAAAUAUGUAUUCCAUUAAAAUGUUUAAACACUAUUACUUAAUUAAUACUUAAUUUUGUAAAAUAAAGUUUAAUUUUUAUAACUAUCUAUAUUACACAUUAUUAAAUAUUUAUAAAUACAGUGAAGCCUCUAAAUACUAGACACACAAGGUUGCUAAAAUUUUGUCCGUAAUUCAGAGGUUUCAGAUUGUAGAAAGUUUGUAGUUUGUUCCCAACAACAUCCGUUAUCGGGAGGUGCCCAUUAGGGGAUGUUUCGCUGUAUCAGCAAACAAGCUUCCUUCUAUUUGUCCCUAAUAAACCUUUAACAUUGUUUCAAAUUAAAUUUUUUGUGUUUCAAUAUAACAAAUAAAAAACUACGUAAAAAAUUGUCCUGGGGACAUGUACCUAUUUCAUAUAUUAUGUAAAAUACUAUACACUU